AUGGAGGCUUCAUCACCCUUAGCUGCAAUGCAGCAACCCUCCUUCAUGCCAUCCUGGGGAAUGGAUCACAUGUACACCUCGCAUCCUCACGCACAUAUCUCUAAUAGCGGAUUUGGACCUGGAGCUUUCAACUUCCGUGACCUCAGCAUGAAGCGACCGAGCAAGUCAGAUUAUUACUCGAGCAAGCCCGAUUACUUCCAGAUCAAGCCAGUCCGUGGAUCUUCUCCUACAGCAAGUCUGGCGGCAGAUCUUUCCCAGAAUUUCCACAUUGAUAUGAGCCCUCAAUUGCCUACUCCUCGCAGGUCCCUCUUUACUUCGAACUUGUUUGGCACAAUUGAUGGUCGGGACUGUGUCACAACUCCUCCCAUACCGUCAUCAUCCCCAGGACCGUUGGAAGAAAGAAUGGAUAUCUCGCCUCUCCCACACAAGCAGCCAUACUUUGCAGCACAGAUUGAAAUCCAAUCACCAACACCUGGGCAUGUCAAUGAGAAUAUGAUGCCUUCAUCUCCGCCUCGUCCAGCAUUCCUGGACGCACCCAGACCAACUGGACUCGAGCGAAGGAAAUCUAUCCUGGUCCGACCAUCCCUUACGAGAACAAAAGGUUACUCGACGAACUCAUUACCUCGAAAUCCCGAAAGUCAAUUGCCUCCCUUCCGCUUUGGUGCUGGAAGUAGCAAGCUGUCGACGACGACUUCGAUGUCCCUCGGAGAGUGCUUCAUGGAGUCACCCCCACAAGAACGAAGACCACAAUCUGCCAACAGUCCUUCGGUCUCGCUCAUGGGCCCUCCGCGUCAGAGUAAACCUUUUGGUAGCAUGAAUGGGAUAUCUUUUCGAAACGGUUCGCCGAUCGGCAAUCACACUAGAAGGCCUUCUAAUCCGUUAAUUCGGCCUAGAAAGCAAUUCCGUCGAUCGUUGAGCAUGUUCGAGAACCCAGCGGAUGUGAUGAAGGGAAAGAAGGAUGAUAUCCCGACAAGCAACCUUCAUACUGUUAUGGACGUUGACGAACUUCAUCAACCGGUGCUACCACAUUUCUUCCAGGAAGGCCAACCAGAUAGUAUCCCAAGGAUCACCAAGGAUACUCUGCUGCAGGUAUUGGAUGGAAAGUUCGAUCCUAGUUAUGAUCAAAGGAUGAUCAUCGACUGCCGCUUCGAGUACGAGUUCGAGGGUGGUCACAUUGAUGGUGCUGUCAACUACAACGACAAAGAACUCCUCGCAAGCCAACUCUUCGAGACCAGCCUACCUGGCAAGACACUAUUAAUCUUUCACUGCGAAUACUCCGCCCACCGUGCACCGAUCAUGGCUCGACACAUUCGAAAACAAGAUCGUUCUACUAAUGCUGAGCAAUAUCCAAAGCUCACCUACCCUGAAGUCUAUAUCCUUGAUGGUGGAUACAGUACCUUCUUUUCCGAACACAGAAAUCGUUGCUUCCCCCAGAACUACGUCGAGAUGGAUGCCAAGGAGCAUGCAUACACCUGCGAGAGGGAGAUGGGAAGACUUCGUCAAAACAGAACCAAACUGAGUCGGGCACAAACUUUUGCCUUUGGACAAGGACAAAUAGACGACAGCCCUACUGCACCAAAUCGGUCUCGUGGCAGUACUGGUGGAGACCUCAUGAUGACAGGAAUGACCUCCCCAGGUUUCAGUCUUGAUCGUGGCCAUGCACGUCGUAUGGUAUCAUACUAA